ACGAAGUAAACAUAAACAAAAAAAAUGACACUCCUCUCUCUCCUCAUCCUCUCACUCCUUCACAUUUCUGACGCCAGUAGCCUCCCUGAAUACGAAGCUCUUCUUUCUGUGAAAUCCGCCAUAACCGACGACCCGCACUCCUCACUUUCUUCUUGGAACGACACCACCAGCCACUGUACAUGGAGCGGCAUAACCUGCGACACUGGACGUCAUGUGACUUCCAUAGACCUUUCCGGUCUCAACCUCUCCGGUACUCUCUCUCCAGACCUGGCUCACCUCCGCUUCCUCCAGAACCUCUCUGUGGCCACCAACCAGUUCUCUGGCCCCAUACCGCCCGAGAUCUCGGUGGUUUCCACUCUCCGCUUCUUGAACCUCUCCAACAAUGCGUUUAACGGUUCCUUCCCUAAUGAGUUGUCCCAGCUUGUUAAGUUACAAGUCCUUGACUUGUAUAACAACAACUUGACUGGUGACUUGCCGCUUGCAGUUACGAAGCUCCGAAACUUACGCCACUUGCAUCUGGGAGGCAACUAUUUCGGCGGUCAGAUACCCGCUGAGUAUGGCAGCUGGGAAUUUCUCGAGUAUCUGGCGGUUUCUGGCAACGAGCUGAUUGGAAAAAUACCGAGAGAAAUCGGUAACUUAAUCAAGCUACGAGAGCUUUACAUUGGUUACUAUAAUGGUUAUACCGGCGGUUUGCCUCCAGAAAUCGGAAACUUAUCGGCGUUAGUUCGGUUUGACGCUGCUAACUGUGGACUGUCAGGUGAAAUACCAGCUGAGAUAGGACGUUUGCAGAAUUUGGACAGUCUGUUUCUUCAAGUUAACAGUCUUUCAGGACCAUUAACGAGGGAGUUAGGUGCUUUAAAGAGCUUGAAGUCGAUGGACUUAUCCAAUAACAUGUUCGCCGGCGAGAUACCGGACUCAUUUGCCGAGUUGAACAACUUGACGCUGUUAAAUCUUUUCAGAAACAAACUUCACGGCGCAAUCCCGGAGUUUAUCGGUGGGUUACCGCAGCUUGAGGUGUUACAGCUGUGGGAAAACAACUUUACCGGAAGCAUUCCUCAAACAUUGGGCUCCAACGGUAAAUUACGGAAUCUUGAUCUUUCGUCCAAUAAGCUAACGGGAACGUUGCCUCCUGACAUUUGUUCCGGUAACUCCCUGCAAACUUUAAUCACUCUCGGGAAUUUCUUGUCUGGUCCUCUUCCAGAAUCGUUGGGGAAAUGUGACUCGUUGACCCGGCUGCGAAUGGGGGAGAAUUUUCUAAACGGAUCUAUACCGAAAGGUCUGUUUGGGUUACCGAAUCUUAGUCAGGUUGAAUUGCAAGAUAAUCAUUUAACCGGGGAGUUCCCAGAGUCCGAUAUCAUCUCGAUCAAUCUUGGUCAAAUUAGUUUAUCUAAUAACCAGCUUUCUGGUUCUUUACCCGCUACUCUUGGCAACUUUACUGGAGUUCAGAAGCUUCUACUUGAUGGUAACAAGUUCUCGGGUCAAAUUCCGCCCGAGAUUGGGAGGUUACAACAGCUCUCGAAGAUGGAUUUUAGCGACAAUCAAUUUUCUGGUCGGAUUGCGCCGGAGAUUAGCCAGUGUAAGCUUCUGACUUUUGUUGAUCUGAGUAGAAAUGAACUUUCUGGGGAGAUUCCUAAUGAGAUUACUGGUAUGAGAAUCUUGAAUUAUCUUAAUUUGUCAAGAAAUCACCUUUUUGGUAACAUUCCAGCUUCUAUCUCUACCAUGCAGAGCUUAACUAGUGUUGAUUUUUCGUAUAACAAUCUUUCUGGUUUGGUUCCUGGAACUGGUCAGUUUAGUUACUUCAACUAUACUUCGUUUUUGGGUAAUCCUGGACUUUGUGGUCCUUAUUUGGGACCUUGUAAUGGCAGUGUUGCCAAUGGUGCUCACCAGCCUCAUGUUAAAGGUCCACUAUCUGCUUCUGUUAAAUUGUUUUUGGUGGUUGGAUUGCUUGUGUGCUCCAUUGCGUUUGCACUUGCUGCUAUCAUCAAGGUCAGGUAUUUGAAGAAGGCCAGUGAUUCUCGUGCUUGGAAAUUGACUGCCUUCCAGCACCUGGACUUCACUUGUGAUGAUGUUCUCGAUAGCUUGAAGGAGGAUAACAUAAUUGGAAAAGGAGGUGCUGGCAUUGUUUACAAGGGGGUUAUGCCUAAUGGUGAUCAGGUUGCUGUGAAGAGACUCUCUGCAAUGAGCCGGGGUUCUUCCCACGAUCAUGGAUUUAAAGCUGAGAUACAAACUUUGGGAAGGAUUAGGCAUAGAAACAUUGUUAGAUUAUUGGGAUUCUGUUCAAAUCAUGAGACUAACCUUCUGGUUUAUGAGUACAUGCCUAAUGGGAGCUUGGGGGAGGUCCUUCAUGGCAAGAAAGGGGGACAUUUGCUCUGGGAUACAAGGUAUAAGAUUGCCGUGGAAGCUGCUAAGGGACUUUGCUAUCUUCAUCAUGAUUGUUCACCCUUAAUUGUUCAUCGUGAUGUGAAGUCAAACAACAUCCUUCUUGAUUCCAACCUUGAAGCUCAUAUUUCUGAUUUUGGGCUUGCCAAGUUCUUGCAAAAUUCUGGCACAUCAGAAUGCAUGUCUGCCAUUGCUGGUUCUUAUGGAUACAUUGCUCCUGAAUAUGCCUACACUUUAAAGGUGGAUGAGAAGAGUGAUGUCUAUAGCUUUGGUGUAGUCCUGUUAGAACUAAUUAUUGGAAGGAAACCAGUUGGGGAAUUUGGUGAUGGUGUGGACAUAGUUCAGUGGGUUCGAAAAUUGACAGACUCUAACAAGGAAGGAGUUCUUAAAAUUCUGGAUCCAAGACUUACUUCAGUUCCUCUCCAUGAGGUGAUGCAUGUAUUCUAUGUUGCAAUGCUCUGUGUUGAAGAACAGGCUGUUGAACGCCUAACUAUGCGAGAAGUGGUUCAAAUUCUAACGGAGCUUCCAAAGCCACCAACCACAAAACAGGGAAACUCAACUUUCACUGAGCUCUCACCACAAGUAGCCACUGCCAGUCUCGAGUCUCCUAAUGCAUCAAUCAAGGACUCAAAAGAUCAACAGCCAGCACCACCUCAGUUACCACCAACAGAUCUUCUUAGCAUUUGAAGUGUUUCAGUAGAGUGGGAAGGUAGUGUCUGUUCUCUAGUUCAAGAGGUUGGCUUUUAUCUAUGUUUUCUUUUCUGUUCUUUAUUUUUUACCUAGUGGGGUGGAGGGUGUUUGCUAACAUUAAGGUGUCAAAAGUUUGAACGUAAGAACUUAUGUACAGUAGGAUUGGUGGGGAUAUUUUCUUUAAGGAACAAAAAAAAAAAAACCUCUCUUCUUAUUUAUGUAGUAAUACUCAGUUAUGCCUUGCUGUUUUACGGUUCGCAAUCUGUUUAUGGCACAGAAGGUGGCUCUGUAAAAGCUCUGCCAAACUCAAGCUCUGGCGUAAUUGUGUAAACAUCAAGGGAAAAGAUGUAUUUAUGUCACUGGAUUUCACAGAAGGGUUUUUUUUGAGUUACACUUGUCCAUUGAAAAAUGUGUUAUUAAGUUUAUAAACAUAUAUUUAUUAAUUAUUGUUGUGGUCC